CCACCCUGGCGGGGCCGGCGGCGGGGGGCGGCGCGCCGGACACUGCGGCGGCCCCCUCGGGGGAGGCGGGCGCGGCGGCGGCGGCCCGCGGGGGCCCCGAGGGGAGCCCCGACUUCCCCAUGGCCUCCCUGUACGUGGGCGACCUGCACCCCGACGUGACCGAGGCGAUGCUGUACGAGAAGUUCAGCCCCGCCGGGCCCAUCCUGUCCAUCCGCAUCUGCAGGGACAAGGUCACCCGCCGCUCGCUGGGCUACGCGUACGUCAACUACCAGCAGCCGCUGGACGCCCAGCGCGCCCUGGAGACCCUCAACUUCGAUGUCAUCAAGGGCCGGCCGGUGCGCAUCAUGUGGUCCCAGCGGGACCCGUCGCUCCGCAAGAGCGGCGUGGGCAACGUCUUCAUCAAGAACCUGGGCAAGACCAUCGACAACAAGGCGCUCUACAACAUCUUCUCGGCCUUCGGCAACAUCCUCUCCUGCAAGGUGGCCUGCGACGAGAAGGGGCCCAAGGGCUACGGGUUCGUGCACUUCCAGCGGCAGGAGUCCGCGGAGCGGGCCAUCGAUGCCAUGAACGGCAUGUUCCUCAACUACCGCAAGAUCUUCGUGGGCAGGUUCAAGUCGCACAAAGAGCGAGAGGCCGAGAGGGGCGCCUGGGCCAGGCAGUCCACCCGCGCGGCCGUCAAGGAGUUCGAGGAAGACACCGAUGAGGAGGCGGCCCUGCGAUGAGGGCGUCCCGGAGGGCUUCAAAAACGUCAUCUCCAGUGCCUGCAGAGUGUAGCUAUGGACCUCUAGAACAUUUCUGUGAUCAUUCCCACGUUGCUGGACGUUCAGGUGGUGCCUAGUUCUUUGCCUCUCUUCAGACCCAACACUCCAUACUCAAUCCUCUUUGUCAAGCCAAAUCUUUGCUAGCGUCCUGGGUGGUCUUUCCCAAUUGUGGACGACACAGGGUCCACGUAUGGACACUUCAAGACUUGUCCUGAGUAUUGCCAAUGAUCCUCAUCUUAACGCAUUGUACCGAUUUGCUUUCAUGCCGGCCAGUGUAGCUAGUAAAAAGGGUAUGCCCUGUUCCCCUAUAUGUUCUCCUGGUCACUGUACUUGAUGUGCCUCUGUGGGGGCUUGCGCAUUUGUGUGAGUGUGUGUGUGUGUGAGUGUGUGUGUGUGAGUGUGUUUGUGUGAGUAUGUGUGUGUGUCUUGGGCCAGCUUGAAGGGAUGAAAAUAUUUUUUCUGUCCUUGUUUGUUUUGUUGGAUGUAAAUACUGUUUAUCACCUCCUUCCCCUGUGAUCUCUUCCUAGCUUCUCCUUGGCCACUGUCAGAAAAAUAAUUCAGCUUCAUUGCAGAAAAAUAACACAAAGCAGACAAGUGAAUACAAAAGUAUUACUGUUGAUAAAUUGGUUCUAUUGAUCUCUAUAUUCCUUUAUCAUUUUUUCAUACACAAAAUAUUAAUGUCAUUAAUAAUUUUAAUUAUCACCCCUACAUUCCCUAAACAUUUAUAUCUCUACUUUGCACAGGAGUUUGUGUGAAGUAUCUGUGACACUUAAUGUACAAUCAUUUUAGUAUUUCCUUUCUUUACACAUGGAUGUAUAAUAUGGUAGAUAUAGAUGUAUAGAUAGAUAAUUCUUGUAUUUCAUUUCCUGUCAUUAAAUACUCUUACAAAAAUUUUAUGUCUGUUUAUUGUUGCAAUAGAUGGGAUAAAUAGAGGAAUAAAUAUAUGUAUACAUCUAUAUCUGCAUUUUGUUAUGUAUAUAUAUAGAGAGUAAUUUGUUUAUUACAUCCUCAAUGUUCUCUUUUUUCGUAUUUUCUUUUUUGUGUAUUUCUUAUUCAAUCCCAUUCUGCUAAUAAUAUUAUAUUCCACAAACCUUGUUCACUUUAACAUUUUUCUUGAGGAAACUUGCUAAAAGAACCAUUGAAGGUUCGAAUAAUCUGCAUUAUUCGAUAUUUGUUCUUUUAGUUUUUAAGUGAAUGGCUAUCUCUAAAUGUAGUUCCUCUUCAAGUACACAAAUAUUUUGAUCUGACCAAAAAAUCUAGAGUAAUUUUCUGCAAUUAAUAUUUUAAUAAUUUCUAUAAGUUUCCACUAUGUUUUGAUGGAAACUGUCUGAAUUUUUGUUAGUUUUGUGUAAAUUAUAUACUAUCAAUAUAGAUAUCCUUUUAACUAAUAAAGAAAUCUAAAUCACUUUAAUUCUAGAUGACAAAAUUUGAAACACAUGAAACAUGUUCAGGAGUAAAUAUGCCUUCAAAAUAUAAUAUGUGUUGUUUCAUCGUGAGAUACAUUACUGUGAUUAGUUACCCAAAUCUUUACAAUUUAUUAAGUAUUAUCAAAUUUUGUUUCCUUUAUUUUCCACUUUAUGGGUUACAAUUUCUAAAUCUCAGUUCUUUUAUGUAUGUUUAAUUCUUUACUGUAAUACGAUAAGGUCUAUGGCAAGCACUUUGUAACUGAAUAUUUUCCUGACAUAUGAAGCUGUUUAAAUGCCUUAUAUACCUUGCCAAUCUGUUGCCAGAUGCUUCUUCCAUAAAGCUUAUACUCAUCAGCAGUGUAGGAGAGUGUUUUUAUCCCUGGUCAUGUUCUCAAGUUAGUAUUUUUAAGCUGUGAGAAAUUGAAUAUACAUGUUUAGUUUUUCUUUCAUUUCAUUUUCAAAUGAAAUGAGGACAAAUAUAUUAAAUACACACAAUUUCUUUCAUAGAGAUUAUUUUAUGUUUUGUGAUCACUGCCUAUUUUUUGUAAAUUUUUUAACAAACAUAGGAUCACACUGAAUGUAUGUAAAAUUUCUUUGUCACUAUAAUGUAAAAUUAUCUAAAAUAUUUUGAUUUUUCAGUGUUCUCCCACAACUCAUUUGUUAUUGGAUAGGUAAAUCUGAAUUGUUUUAAAAGUGUUUCAUUACUUUCGACUUUAAAGUAUUUUCUAAAUUUUUCCCAUUAAACGCAAGUCUGUCUUAAAUAA